AUGAAAGCAUACAUCUUCUCCUCCGUUUCCGUCAAGCCAUUGCUCCUUUCAGCCUUACCGGCGCUGACCGGAGAUGGCGUUCGGAGAGAUCGCCACCGUGGACUCUUCCGCCCUUGCCCGGCUACACGGGACUUCCAUGCGCUGUCUGACGGCUUCAACUUCCAGGAGGGCCUAGAGAGUGUUAAGGCAAGGCUGCAUCAAAACCAUAAGAACAAGCGGGAGGUGUUGACCACCAUUGAUCACCUCAAGCGCCUCUGCAUGGACCACUAUUUCCAAGAUGAGAUCGAUAAUGCCGUGGAUUCAUGCUUGGAUCUAGUCCAUAGUGAUAAUCUACUAGAAGCAACGCUUUCACUCAGGCUGGCGAGAGAAGCUAAAUAUGAUAUUUCAGCAGAUGAGGUUCUUAGAAAGUUCACUGAUGACAAUGGUGACUUCAAGAUUGACCAUUGCAAAGAUAUCAGAGGGUUGGUCAGCUUGCAGGACAUAUCACACUUGAACAUGGGAGAAUCAUCACUCUACAAGGCAAAGGAGUUCUCACGAAGACACCUCACAUCUGCAAUUAGACACUUGAACCCAAACCUUGCAAGAUAUGUGAGGCAUUCACUGGACCAUCCCUACCAUGUGAGCCUAAUGCAGUACAAGGCCAGGUACCACUUGAGUUACCUCCAGAGCUUGCCCACUAGGAACACUGCAAUGGAGGAGCUGGCUGUUGCAGAGUUAUAUCUUAACAAGUUGCAGCAUCAGAAGGAAGUGCAAGAGGUUAAGAGGUGGUGGAUGGAUUUGGGAUUGACUCGAGAAAUACGAACUGCAAGGGACCAGGUUCUAAAAUGGUACAUGUGGGCAAUGACUGUUGUCCAGGGUUUCUCCUUAUCUAGGUACCGGAUUGAGAUCACAAAGAUAAUCUCGUUUGUCUAUAUUGUGGAUGACAUCUUUGAUCUUGUUGGCACCCAAGAGGAGCUUUCCCUCUUCAGCGAGGCGAUCAAAAAGUGGGAUCUUGCAGCUGCUGGUUCACUCCCGGGCUAUAUGUUAUCAUGCUACAAGGCUCUUUACACUGUCACAAAUGAGAUUGUCGAUAUGGCAGAAAAAGAGCAUGGAUUGAACCCUAUGGAUCAACUCAGGAAUGCUUGGGAAACUUUGUUUGAUGCAUUCCUGGUUGAGAGAAGAUGGCUAUCUUCAAACCAGGUCCCUUCACCGGAGGACUACCUAAGAAACGGCAUUAUCACAUCAGGAGUACCACUUAUAUUCUUGCAUCUCUUCUUCAUGCUAGGGCAUGAUUCGACAGAGCUCGACGGCAACAACAUUCCUCGGGUCAUCUACUCCUCUGCAAAGAUCGUGAGGCUCCGGGAUGACAUGGGUAGUGCUAAGGAUGAAGUGCAAGAAGGGUUCGAUGGUUCCUACAAGGAGAUGUACCUGAGAGAGAAUCCUCAUGCCGAUGCGGAGGAGCACAUGCUGGAGAUGAUAACAAAUGAGUGGGAGGAGCUCAACAGGGAGUGUUUCUCUAGGACAAGAUCGUCUUGCUUGUCACCCAGUUUUCUCCUAGCGUCACUCAACUUGGCGAGGAUGACCAGCAUCAUUUAUGGCUAUGAUAACGAGCAGAGGCUCCCCGUCCUGGAGGAUUCCAUUGGGAUGCUCCUCUUAUGAAUCAUGCAUGGCCAGAA